UGUUUGUGCAGAAGGGGGCGGGGCCGACGCUGUGACGCUGUGACGCACAGGCGGAUGAAACAAAGCGUUUCUCUUUUCUCUUUCUGACGAUCACAAAGUAACUUCUCCUCUCAGCUGACACGAUGGAAACAGUCUGAUUCCGCAGAUUCUCCGCAGUCACUUCGUUCCGCUACUAAUAUUCAUCCCAGUUUGCAGGUGCAGGACUUUCAGCCAUGGUGCAGGAGUAUCAGUCCCCGGUCCGGGUCUACAAGUAUCCCUUCGAGCUAAUCAUGGCGGCCUAUGUGAGGAGGUUCCCAAAGUGCCCGUUGAUCCCGGUGUUUGUUGACAGUGAGAUCGUCGCCCAGAAUGAGAGCGAGGACGGGUCCACGCUGGUGACCGAGAGACGCUGCACCAUCGACAUCGAGGCCCCGAGGCUCCUCAAACGGAUCUCAGGCGUCGACUACCUCUACUUCACCCAGAAGAACUCUCUGAACCGCAGGGACCGGACGCUCCACAUCGAGGUCCACAACGAGUCCUUCUCCAGCAGAGUGGUCGUCCGCGAGUGCUGCCGCUACACGGUCCACCCAGAGAAUGAGGACUGGACGUGCUUCGAGCAGACGGCCAGUCUUGAUAUUAAGUCCUUCUUUGGUUUCGAGAGCACGGCAGAGAAGAUAGCGAUGAAGCAGUACGCUAGUAGCAUUAAAAAGGGUAAAGAGAUUAUUGAGUACUACCUCAGAGAGCUGGAGGAAGAAGGAGUGACCUACAUACCUCGCUGGACGCCCCCCGUCGCCCCUGGCGCUGUGACCCAAAGACUCCCCACGCUGCCUCCGCCCUCGGCUGCCAGAGACGUCCCACUGAGCAGCAGCAGGGACGGGCAGCAGAGCAAAGCCGAGUCCUGUCCCUCGGAGAUAGUGGCUGGUUCACCUGAUGACAAGCUGGAUGCUGACUACAUCAGACGUUACCUUGGUGAUCUGACACCUCUGCAGGAGAGUUGUCUCAUUCGACUGCGCCAGUGGCUCCAGGAAACCCACAAGGGCAAGAUUCCAAAGGAUGAGCACGUGCUGCGCUUCCUCAGGGCCCGAGACUUCAACGUGGACAAGGCCCGCGAGUUCUUGUGGCAGUCGCUGACCUGGAGGAAGCAGCACCAGGUCGACUUCCUGCUGGACACGUGGGAGAAACCGCAGCUGCUUCAGGAUUAUUACACGGGAGGCUGGCACCACCACGACAGAGACGGACGUCCUCUGUACAUCCUGCGUCUGGGACAGAUGGACACCAAGGGCCUGGUGCGAGCUUUGGGGGAGGAGGUGCUGCUGAGACAGGUCUUGUCCAUUAAUGAGGAGGGGCUGAGGCGCUGUGAGGAAAACACCCGAGUCUUCGGUCAGCCCAUCAGCUGCUGGACCUGCCUGGUGGAUCUGGAGGGUCUGAACAUGCGUCACCUGUGGCGACCGGGCAUCAAGGCUCUGCUGAGGAUCAUCGAGGUGGUGGAGGCCAACUAUCCCGAAACCCUGGGCCGCGUGCUCAUCCUCCGGGCGCCCAGAGUCUUCCCCGUGCUCUGGACCCUGGUCAGCCCCCUCAUCGACGAGAACACCCGCAAGAAGUUCCUGGUUUACGCCGGUAACGACUACCAGGGUCCCGGAGGUUUGUUGGAUUACAUCAGCAGAGAAGUCAUCCCCGACUUCCUCCGAGGAGACUGCAUGUGUGACAUCCCUGAGGGAGGUCUGGUCCCCAAAUCUCUGUACAGGACGGAAGAGGAGCUGGAGACGGAGGAAAACCGCCUGCUGACGGACUCCAUCUAUAAGAGCGCCAGCAUCUUCAAAGGAGCUCCGUACGAGAUGCUGAUCGAGAUCACAGAGGCCUCCUCCGUCAUCACCUGGGACUUUGACGUCCCCAAAGGCGACGUGAUCUUCAACAUCUACCACUCCAAGAGGGCCCCCCAGCCCCCGAAGAAGGACGCCCUCGGGGGGGCGGUUAACUCCCAGCUGAUAGACCGGAGCUGGUUGCUGGGCCAGGACUACAGCAUGGUGGAGAAAGCCUUCACCUGCAGGGAGGGGGAGAGCGUACAGGGCUCCCACGUGACCCGCUGGCCCGGCUUCUACAUCCUCCAGUGGCGCUUCCACUCUGCAGCCGGCGCUGCCUCCAGCCUGCCCCGCGUGGACGACGUGCUGGCCUCGCUGCAGGUCUCCUCCCACAAGUGUAAAAUCAUGUACUACACCGAGGUGCUGGCCUCACAUGACUUCAGGGGGUCUAUGACCAGUCUGGAGUCUUGUCAAAGUGGCUUCUCACAGCUCAGUGGCGUCACCACCUUCUCCAGCCAAUCAAACGCCAGCUCCACCGUCUCCAGGUAGCGUCUGUGCAGCGUCCGGCCCCGACCUCCAGCUCUAUGUGCCUCACCCCCACAAAUAUUCUUUUUUAAAUUAAACGUAUUAAUGUCAAAUUAAAGUUUUUAUUAUUGUUUGAGUGAUGACAUCUAAUCUGUUGUUGUUUUUUUGUUGUAUAGUUCUGUAUAAAUAAAAUGUAAAUGCACAGAGAAAUUAUCACAUAAGUUCUGACGUUAAAUAAGACGACGCCUCAGAAACAGGUUUUUAUUUCUGACGGUGCUUCCAUCGUCCACUAGAUGUCAGUAUACUCUCAGCUCUCACUUCAUCUGGAGUCAGAUAAAGGGUUUAAAUAAAGAGUUUGUCACAAGAGAAA